AUGCAUACGGUGCAUGAGGAGAUCGAAUAUCCGGGACUGAGCCCGGAUGAGACGUACAUUAGGCAUCUCACCACUGUUGGGGUAGACGUGGGAUUAGAGGAACUGCAACGCCAUACCUAUUUGGCUUGGUCCCAUCGGAUCGAGUUGGUGACUACUGGGCCAAUCCGGGGUUUUAAGGGGUUGCAGCAUGCUAACGAGGGUGCGGUGAAUUGGGAGCCCUGGGACAAGUUUACUCCCGAUGGUGAGGUGACGGAUCCCGACAGUCCACCGGAAAACCCUGGUCCAGAACCUGAGCCCGUUCCAGAGCCAGAACCUGAGCCCGUUCCAGAGCCUGAACUCGAGCCUGAGCCCGAGCCCGAGCCCGAGGAGGAGCCUAUGGUGUCCGAGCAUGAGGAGGAGCCGAUCUAG